CUAUGUGAGCAGCUCUUCAAGGUCUCGUCAUAGAGCUUCAACCAAUCAGCGCGCAGAUCAACAGAACCUGCCACCCAAUCAGCGCUCACAUCAACAGGAACCGCAACAAUGGAGGCGAGCAUGAAGCCCGUGGGUGUAUGACAGCAUGUCAACGGCAAAUCAAGCGCAAAUCCCCCAAAAUCAUAAUGCACGCUUUCUGAACGGACAAUUAACUGUUACACGUGUGAAAUCGACAGAAUGGCUUCGUGGUCGGAGAAAAUGCUCCAACUCCUGCGUCGAAUGAAUAACUUUCAUCUACCAGGUUCUAGUUUAGAGAGCUGUCUACGUUUUGAGGUGGCUGGAGAACAGGUUGGAUGGAUUUCCCCAAAAGUAGCAUCAAUUCUUGGUCGUUUUCCUGCUGUCUUCAGACCAUAUGGGAGCACUAUAACCUUCUGCUCCGGACUUGACACUUUUGAGAGCAGAUCAGUGGCUGUGGAUGAGGUCUUGCAGGAGCUGAGGAGAGAGGCAUCAUUCACCUGUCUCAUAGGCUGGAGAGAUGAGGAUGAAUUCUAUUUUCAGCAAUAUGCUGUGAUGCCCAGGUAUUGCGACCCUCCAUUGAUGUAUAUGGAGAGAGCAGCUACAAGUCUGUUUGGAGUGAAACGGUACGGUGUCCAUGUCAAUGGCUACACUCGGGAUUCAAGUGGCAACCUUAAUAUGUGGCUAGCACGACGAUCUCUGACCAAACAGACGUAUCCAGGAAGACUGGACAACAUGGCGGCUGGAGGACUGGCAGCAGGCUGUAGUGUAAGGCAUACCAUGGUAAAAGAGUGUGAAGAGGAGGCCUGCAUCCCUCCAGGCCUGGCAGAGCAAGCGCGUCCUGUGGGAACUGUGAGCUACACCUACGAAGAUGACGAAGGAAUAUUUCCUGAGUGUCAGUUUGUUUUUGAUUUAGAGCUGCCUCUCAAUUUUCAGCCUCACAUUGGAGACGGAGAAGUGCAAGCGUUUUACUACUAUCCAAUAGAGAAGGUGAAAGAUCUCCUGGUCAGUGAGGAGUUUAAGCCGAACUGUGCCAUGGUGGUUCUGGACUUCCUCAUCAGACAUGCCAUCAUUGAGCCAGACUCAGAGCCCUAUUAUCACGAAUUUGUGGCUGGAUUGCACAGAUCACUGUAAAAACUGACUGAUGGUGUUAAAGCCUGUGUUAACCUGCAACAGUUUGGUAUUUUUGUUAUCUACCUCCGCUUUUAACUCCUAGCAUUGUCAGCAUGUGUACUUGUUUACUAAAGACCACAUCUAGCUGGUGAAGACAUUUUACGGUAUUUUACGCAAACAUAACCCGGAGAAGAGACAGAAUAAAGACCCAAGCAAAGUUACCCUAUAAGAAUUUAUUUUUUCAAUACAUUUCAGAUGAGUCUGUGGAAAUCCAAAGAUGCACUGGUAUACAAAAGAUAAUUGAUGCAUCAAAGGCUCUUUUUUUUUCUUACAAUGAAAUGCAGAAUCUCUUCUAAGAAAUUACUUGCAUUUAAUAAUAUGGCAUUAAACAGCUCUCUCAAAAUCACAUUUUGGCUACUUUUGUCCUUUUGUUUCUUUUAAAACUUUCAAUUCUAAGAUACUAGAAUUUGUAAAAUACGCAAAAAUGAUAUAGUAUAAGCCAGUAGAAUUUCACAAAAAA